AAAUUAAGAAGCCAUCUUUUUGACCGACACGGUAUUGAUGUUGAGCCGCGCCCUUCUGGAAAAAGACGAUACGACACUCAGCAAUUUAUGUAUAUCAAAAAAGCUUCUGAUGCGUCACAUUCCCUGAUCGCUGUACACUACGAAUGCCCGUCAUGUUUUGGUCAUUAUGCCGCGAUCGAUGAGCUUAAAGCUCAUGUGACCGUGCAUGUCAGA